AUGUCCUCAAAGGAAACAAAAGCUUUGUUUAAAGAAAUCCGAGAAGCUAUAAAAACGGAAAAAUACGAAGAGGCCAUAAAGAAAUGUGAGGAAGUCUUGAAGCUAGAACCUAAAAGUUAUAUGGGCCAUAUAUUGCUGGGAGCAGCCUAUCAAAAUAGUAAUAAACAAGAAGCGGCCAAAUAUUUGCGUAAAGCCGUCGAAUAUUCGGCACCUCAGCCACCAACUGUUGCACUUCAGGGCCUGGCAAAUUGUGCCCCCAGUGAAGAGCUGCCACACAUUUUUGAACAAUUAAUAAAAUUGGUUCCAGAAAAACAAUUGGAUUAUUUUGAGAAAUUAUAUAAUGUCUCCACGAAUAGUUCCAAGGUGGCCACGGAGUGUUUUCAUACAUUUAAACGUCUAUUAGCCAUCACGGAUUUAGAAACUCACAAGACUGUUUUAUUAAAAUAUUAUGGUAGACUUUUAAUACAAAAGGACAUCACAGUUGAGGAGGAGGAUGAGGAGAAUUACAAAUCAAGUUUGGAAGAAUUAUUAAAGGACAACGCAUUGGAUGUUUACCUGCCGGCCUAUAAACGCUAUUUAAAACUUUUAUAUAAACAACAAGAUUUGGCAAAAUGUUUGGAAUAUGCCUGCAAACUGGUGGAUUUGUAUCCACAAGAUAUUUAUGCCUAUGAAUGGAUAUGCAAAAUAUAUUGUGAAAAUUAUGAUUGCACAGAGGAGAAUAACAAUUGUUUAGAAAGUUUACAACAAAAUAUCGAAUACUAUGCAACAAAACUGGGAGAAUUAAAUUCUGAAUCCAGUUUGGCUUUGCUAAUACAAGCCAUUGAAAAAUAUAGUGCCGAACAAUAUGUUGCCGCCCGAGAUAUAUUGUAUAGGGUGUUAGUGAUACAACCAAAUUAUUCAGUAGCAAUGAAAUUAUUAGCUCGUUGUGAAAUGCAUUUAGAGGCGUUCGGUUUGGCCUAUCCGUUAUGGCAACAAUUGAAUGAUAAAACCAAUGUUGAUUAUGCCAUAUGUGUUUCGUAUUCGUGUGUGGAUUCAGAGAUAUUAAAUGAAGCAGUUGAUGUUCUAAAGGCACUGGAAGAGAAAGAGAAAACUGAAGAUGCUGUUAGAGCAUUGGCAAGAUGUUAUUUAAAAUUGGGCGAUGCACGUAAUCUCAAUCGUCUGCAAAUGAGUGAUGUUUCGAAGGCGGAAUUUUUCUACUAUGAUACACCCUCCGAAGCCAUUCAAUUCUUAGGCUCAACAUGGGAAGAUUUGGAAACUUAUAACGCAUUAGUUUUACGCGCCCAAUACUAUUAUGAAUUACAGGACUAUGAUGUAGCCCUGACAUGUGCCUUAAAAGCCACUCGCUUGAGGCCUUACAGUUCCGUGUGUUUUUAUCAUUUGGGUAAAAUAUAUUUGGCCACCAAUGAUAUGGUACGUUCACGUAAAUGUUUUGAGAAAUGUAUUACCCUGAAUCCCAUCAAUGAGGAUGCUGUGGAAAAUCUUUCGGCAAUUUAUCAGCAAUUGGGUGAAGAGGAUCUCAAUGUUGCCUUACUUUUGAAUACCUUGAAGAAAGUCAAAACGCCAUCGAAAUUUAAACACAUUCACUAUAAACUGGGUCUACACUAUUUGAAUGUGAAUAAUUGUGAUGAGGCCAUUCACUGCUUCCGCACGGCCAUAAAACAUGAUGUCUCUUGUAUGAUAUAUUGGGAGUCCUUGGGUGAUGCUUAUGCAGCCAGAGGUUCAUACAAUUCAGCAAUAAGAGUUUAUCAGAAAAUUUUGGAAAUGCAGCCGGAUAAUGUAUAUGCCAAGCUACAAAUGGCCAUUAUGAAAACAACAAUACGCAUGUAUUCCGAGGCAAUAGAAGAUUUUGAUAAUUUACUAAAAGAACAUGAAGACUAUUUGCCGGCCCUAAAGGGAGCUGCUGAGGCGCAUAUUGGUUUGGCCAAUUUUCUGAAUCAGGAAAAUCGUUAUGGUCGGGCCAAGGAUCAUUUUCAAAUGGCCAUCAAUAUGUUGCAAAGAUGUUUCCUAAACCCCGAUAAUUUAAAUAUGGUUUGGCUAUGGCGUCUAACGGCCAAUGUGUUUGUUUCAACCGCCCAAAUGCCUGAGUCCUUGGCGAAUUUAGAUGUUAGCGGAAAACUGGCCAAGCGGGAGUCGGAUAUAGCUUUUUUGACACGCAAAGAUUUGCUGAAUUUGGCCUUGAGAUUCUAUACCUGCGCCUUGAAAAUCAAACAAAACACCUACCUUUGGUAUGAGCUGGCUUUGUGUUCCUAUUACUGUGCCAAUAUUUUAUGUGAGGAAUCCGAGUCACAUUUGGAAAUGGCCACCAAGGCCUGUCAAAUGGCAAUUAAAGAAGAUCCAAACAGAUGGCAGAACUGGAAUUUAUUGGGUGUUAUUAAUAUGCAUACAUCCAUCAACAAUUUACCCUUGGCCCAACACUGCUUCGUUCAAGCCCUAACCCUUGAACGUAAAUCCUAUACCACCUGGACCAAUUUGGGUGUGCUGUAUUUAAAAUUAAAUGAAAUUCGCAUGGCCAAUCAAGCUUUCCAGAGAGCCCAACAAUCCUCUCCAGUCUACCAAAAUGCAUGGAUUGGUCAGGCCAUGAUUGCUGAAUAUAUUCAUGAAGAGGAAGAGGCGGUGGAUUUAUUCCGUCAUUGUCAACAAUUCGAUUAUCAUCCGGAAUCCGCUAUAGGCUAUGCUCAUUGGGUUUGCCAUAUUUUAUCCGAUGAAGAGAAAUGCAAAUUACCCCAUUAUAAACAUGCCAUCGAUUCAAUGUAUGCUGAUGUGGUUGCCUUCGAUGCCAUUAGUUGGUAUACGAUAAAUGAAGAGAAUGAUGCCUCCACGAGUGCAUGGUCUUUUUUGGGAUUCCUAUGUGAACGUCAUCGUCUAUAUCGUUUGGCCACGAAGGCCUAUAGUAAGGCGGCCGAAAAGGCCACGGGAAAUGAACGUGAUUUAAUGUACACAAAUCUGGGCUAUAGUCAUUUGCGUUUAAAUGAACCCAAUGAAGCGAUUAUGGCUUUUAAUAAAAUUGCUCAUGCCUCGUUUAAGCCAAUGAUUGGUUUAGCAUUAGCCUAUUACAAGGCUGGGCAACAUCAGGAAUCUUAUUCGGUAUAUAAAUCGGUAUUGAAAAGUGUGGCCGGCAUUGAAGAUGAUAAGGCAUCGCGGAUUUUGGUGGCAAUGGCUUCGAUGGUUUAUGCUUUUCAGGGUGAAGCGGAUACGAAAACUAUUUUGUAUCAAUGUAUCCUCCUAAAAGACUCUCCCAUACAAGCCUUGUUUUCGGCCUGUGCCUUGGGUAUUUUACAUCAUGACAAUCAAUUAUCCGAAACUAUUUUAACUGAACUGAAGAAACGUGAAAACUCGGAAAAACAUGUGGCUGAUAUUGCCUAUCUAACAGCCCAAUAUUAUUUAGUAAAUAAUCAACCUCGCAAAGCUUUAUGCUACCUCAUGACACGUGUUCACAUCUUUCCCAACUGUGCCCAAUUGCGUAAAGUUUUGGCCAAUUUCCUAUUGGAAAACUAUGGACAAAAACGUCAAUAUCAAACGGCCACCAGUCAAAUAGCAUUGAGUGCUAUAUCCCUGGUGCAUUCAAGCAAGACAAAGAAGAGUGACUCUCUGGAAGAUUCUCAAACCUUGUUGGUUGCCAGCCAAGCUUUAGAGCCAGUCAAUAGAAAUCGUUCAUUGAAACUGAUACAAAAGGCAAUUUUAUUGCAUCCCAAAAAUGUAAAUGCCUGGAAUGCUUUAUUGGCCGUACACUAAAUUCGCAAUG